AUGGCUUCCAUCAAAAUAACGAGGCUGAAUAGGAUCACUGAGAAUAUUUUAAUGAAAUGGAGAGGCACCCUUCGUAUUUUCACAACAACCCUUCUCAGCCUCCUCCUUCCCCUCUCAUUCCUCCUCCUAGCUCGUCUUUCCACCGCUGAUUAUCUUUUGUCCCUGAAUGAUUUCCCGGCGGCUCAGCCACCCUCUCUGGUCUUCUUCUCUCUCCUCCUAAAUUCCAUCCCACUCAGCCCUCUCCACAUACUUGUUUCCCUUCUCUGCGUUGCUUCCCUUGUCCAUACCUUGAAUAAUGGCCGGAUCACUUUCCCAAGCUUUUCCGUUUCACCAGGGACCACCGUCAGACCGCGUCUGUAUACAGCGUGGAUUGUUCUCUGCACGUUGCAGGUUUGUGUUGGACUGGGGAUCGAAGGGAGCAUAGGGGCUGGCAUCGAUGGUUCGGGUUUUGGUCAUGAGAGGAAUUUUAUAUGCAGGAUUGUGUUUUUCUUGGGGUUGUAUGCCACGACGGAGUACUGGUGGCGAACGAUAGUGAAGCCGGUGGUGGAUGAUACGAUAUAUGGUUUUGAGGUGGAGGAGAGAUGGGUAGAGAGGGUGGUGAUGGGGGCUAGUUUGGGUUGUUUGUGGUGGUGGAGGUUGAGAGAUGAGGUGGAGUCGCUGGUGGUGGUGACGGAGAUGAAGAGAGAGAUGGAUGUGGGUGUUGGUAUGGUUGAUUUCAUGGGUUGGUGGUUGUAUUAUUUGGUGGUGACGAUUGGGAUGGUUAGGGUGUUGAAAGGUCUCAUUUGGUUCGGCCUUAUUUUACUUUAUCGUAAGGUAGAACAAGUAAGAGAUGAAAACGAUUCCCUUCGAGUUGAAGAAAAAGUCUAA